AUGGCUAACAGUCCGCCGCCCUUCCUGUUCCUGCUGGUCAUCUUCCUGUUCCUCUACCUGAGCCCCGAUCCCCAGGCUCCCGUCGCCUCGCGCAAGCUCGACCGCAUCGUCGACCGCGAGCGCGCCGCUCUCGAUGCCCUGAACAACUCGACCUUCGGAGACCUGCAGCCCGGCCCCGACGGCCAGCGCUGGCUGAACCUGACCGGCCUGAAGAAGGACCAUGGCUUCCACUGGAAUCUGCUGGACACGGUCCGCGACCGCGCCCGCGACCAGGCCCGCUACGUUCUGGGCGAGGACACGGUCGGCCUGAUAGACGGGAGCAGCGACCGCCUUCCGCUCGUCUAUCACAACAUCACCGGCUUUGUCCAGGGCACCUGGCGCUCCACCAAGACCUACCCCGGCCCCCACCUCAACCUGUCCGCCGUCACCCCACACGGCACAUACUCGUCCGAAGACUGGACUCGCAAUGUGACCUCUGCUGGCGGCGACAUUAGGAUACACUUCAGGGAGAAGGACCACGGCGAGCCUUGGAACACAACUGCCCGGGAGGUGGUCGCCAGGGUCACCAUCGGCGAAGACACGUCGUAUGGCAACUGGUGGGACAUGCGCCUUCACGGCCUCCACCUGGAGGACACCGGCACCGUCGUGCUGACUACGACGAGCGAGAAGUUCGACGGCAUCUUUGCUCUGCCGCACUUUUUACUCUCCAAACACGCCUUCACCCUGGGACAGGCCCUCCUGAACCGCACCCUGAAUGCCACCAUCGAGGAGCAGAAGGCGGGUGCGAUUGAGGAUUUUAGUCCGUGGUCCUCUGUCGUCGAGGGCGAGCAGGAGCUCUUCUCCGUGCCGCACUGCGAAUACGUCAUGUACCUGCAGCAACACCCGCUACCUCUUCAGUCGCUGGAGUCUUCUGCCUACGGGAACGGCCUGGCCAUGAAGUUCUUUGAAGACGAGUUGCGCAACCCGUAUAGAAUCUCUCCUAAUCUGCCUCCGGAAAUGACCAUGUCCAUGAUUGCCUUCUCUCCCGACUGUGGCUUCAUCAUAGAGUCGAACGGGCCACCGGAUGUGCCACCGCAAGAAGGCAAGCAUCUGGUAGGGCCAAAGACUGAAGCAUACGCCAUUGUUGCACGUCGCCACAUCAUCCUGUUUGCUCUGGUGAUUGGUUCGCAGCUGGUGCUUCUGGUUAGGCAGAUGAAGGAGGCUUCAACCCCUUCCACGAGGAGUCGCAUUAGUUUCUACACGAUUGCACUCCUCGCUCUGGGAGAUGGCUUCACACUCCUAGGCUUUGCCUUUGUUGGUAUGUCCUAUGAAGCCAUAACCCUCAUCCUCCUUGCUACCGCCUACGUGGCUUUUCUAUCCGCCGUCUUUUUCGGCAUGGGCUUUCUCAAAGAAAUCUGGACCGUUCAAUCUACGGAGCGCAGCAGAGAAGAGAGGCGAAGCAACGCGGCUUCUACCCGCGCAACGCCAACUGCUACCCAACCUGGUAGUAGAAGCGAGACCCCAGCAGCGCAACCAUCAGCUCCAGUCAUCUCUGCGGCCGGAGCUGAUUCACUACCUCUUCCCGUCACGGCUCGUCAAGCCAUCAACAGUGGAGCCACGCCCAUCAUCAUCCCUUCAGACCAAGAUGUCGACGCAGAGAUCGCCGAAAACGAAAACAAUACGACCGCCACCGACAACGAACAGUCCUCGCGCUACGGGUUCGGAACGGUUUACUUCCGUUUCUACCUACUGCUGUUCGGCCUCGUCUUCCUGUCCCUCCACGCAACCACCUGGCCAUCGUCUCUGCAAGCCGUCUACAGCACCCUCCUCAUCUUCACCUACUUCUCCUUCUGGACGCCGCAGAUUUACCGCAACGUCAUGCGCAACUGUCGGCGCGCGCUGCGUUGGGACUACGUCGCGGGCCAAAGCGUCCUCCGUCUGCUACCCUUUUACUACCUGUUCGCGUACCGCGGCAACAUCCUCCUGCUCAAGCCGGACCUGAAAUUCCUCGCCGCCCUCACAGGGUGGGUGUGGCUGCAAGUCUGCGCACUGCUCAGCCAGGAACAUCUCGGCCCGCGCUUCUUCGUCCGCGAGAGCUGGGUCCCGCCCGCGUACGACUACCACCCCGUCCUCCGCGCCGACGAGGAAGGUGCGUGUCUGCCUUCCGGCGGAAAGGUUCUGGCGGGCGAGGACUCGAGCGGCGGGUCGGCGACGUCGUCUUCGCCUUCGCCUUCGUCUGCCACGAAGGCUGGUGAGUCGAGGGAUAAAGGGAAGAAGGUGUUUGACUGUGCUAUCUGCAUGCAAGAUCUUGAGGUCCCCGUCAUUCCAGCGGCCGGCGGCUCGGGUGGCGGUGAUGCGGAUGGCGGUGGCGCACUGUCAGGGGGGCUGUUGGCGAGGAGAGCGUACAUGGUUACGCCGUGUAGGCAUAUCUUUCAUAGCGUGUGCUUGGAGGGGUGGAUGCGGUAUCGGUUGCAGUGUCCCAUUUGUAGAGAGACGUUGCCGCCGUUGUAA